AUGUUAGUUUCUACAACUAGUGCGAGUCCAGUGAUUCUAGAUUUUCUGCAAUAUGGAGAAAAUUUUGGUGAUGUCCGAGGAUCCUAUGGAGAUGAUUUGUUGUUGGCUAAGGUAGAAAAUCCAGUGGGGUUUACAUGUGGAUCUUCAUUGACUCAUAAAAUUUAUAUCUACACAAAUGGCUAUAUUACUCUUGAUGGUGACUUCAACAGUGGUAGACCUCAUCUGUUUUCAAAUCUGAAUGAAAUACAACCAGGCUCUAUGGUUGCUCCUUUCUGGUCAGACAUUGACAUGACAAGAGAUUCCAGAAUUUGGUAUCAUUUCUACAACAAAUUCACGGCAGAGUCCUCAGUUCUGAGCCAGGCCCGGUCUCUGAUUGUGGAGAAUUACAGAGACUCAGCUACAGCCUCUAGUUUUAACCCUAAUACAGCUUUAGUCGUGACAUGGGAGAAUGUUCAUCCUGCUCCAGUGUCAUCAUAUUCCUCACAGAAUGCCAGUUUCCAGCUUCUGAUAGCCAGUGAUGGAGUGACCACUUAUGCAGCCUUUCUGUUUAAACAGAUGGACUGGAUUCCUCCUAAACCUGCCUUACUGGGCUACAGGUGUGGGUCAGAUGACCUCUACAGUCACCCUGCUUCUCUGACCCAUCACAUUCUACAGGAUGUCAUUAACAAUGGUUAUAACAAUGGAAGUAAACAAGGACUAUGGGUUUAUAAAUUGGACAGAAUGAACAACUUUAUAAACUUUGCUGAAAAAUGCUUUACAUGGAUGCAAAACUCUGGAAAUCCAGGAUUUUUGGCUGUUGUUUUGGCCAAUACAAAAUUAACAAAGUGUCCCUGUAGUGAAGACAGGAUACAAAAAGAUGGCCGCUUUGUUCAGUACCGAAAGGAGCCCAACUGUUAUGUAUUGAAGUUUUCACCUUCUGCCGUAACAGGGACAAGGAAAUGCUGUUACUCAAGAAACUCCACCCAUUCCAAUUUGAUCAGCACUGGGAGAGAGGCUGGUUUUAUUUACACAGAGCACCCCAUACAUAAUGAAGCCGUGGCCAAUCUGAAGGAUGAAGAACCACACAAUUACUGCUGUAUACAGUCCAACCUUUGUAGUGAAUUCCUGAAGCUGAGAAUUUCUGAUACCUGUGAAUUUUACAGUCCACUCAGAUCAGGAUCUUCCUUUGGAGACCCCCAUGUAAGAACACUGGAUGGUCUGACCUAUACAUUUAAUGGACUGGGAGAGUAUGUGAUGCUGACUAUGGUAGAACCAGGAACAAACAUCACCCUACUGGAGAUACAGACUCGUACAGCACAAUCUGUCAAUGCUAAUGGAACCAAGAUAAAUGCCACAGUCUUCCAUGCAUUUGUUUUCAAGGAAAAAAAUGGAGGAGAAGCUCAGGUAGAAGUCAAUCUAGCAGAAACAGGCAUGAUUUUAUAUGCAGACAGAAUAGACAUCACCCCACAAUUCUAUUCCAGUGACACCUUUACAUACUACAGAGAGAAUUCUAUAUUUAUAACAAGAACAGGAACUAACAGAGUAAAAAUUCUCUUUCCUUCAGGUAUUACUUUUGACAUGUCUUUGAAUCUUGGAAUGUUGGAGUUAACCACUGGUAUACCAGAUUCAUUGUCCUCGACUACAACAAACUCUGGCCUUCUGGGAAAUGUAAACGGAGACAUAAAUGAUGACCUGAAGACUCCUAAUGGAACUUUUCUUCCUUCAAACUCAACAGAGAAGGAAAUCUACCACAACUUUGGAGAGCUCUGGAGAGUUUAUUGUGACAAGUCACUCUUUGUCUAUCAGCAUGACUUGACUUGUGCCUCAUAUCAGCAGACAAAUUUUACACCAAUAUUCAUGGAGGACUUCACUCAACAAGAAAUAACCCGAGCUCAGGAGGAGUGUGGGGGUUCCCAGAACUUUAACUGUAUUUAUGACUUCCUGGCCACGGAAAACAAAGCCAUUGCAAAUAUUACUAGAAUAGUUUAUCAGACAGCUCUACAAGAGGAGAGAAGUGCAACCAACACUAGGCCUGUCAUUGAUGGAUUGGGUUCUAUCUAUACAGUAGUUGGUCAGAGCUUCACAAUUACGGCCAAUGCCUCAGAUGUCAAUGGUGACAAUGUGACUAUAGUUAUGCUGAGUCCAGUAAAUGUGACCUCUGCUACUCUACCUGGAAAUGUGUCCUUCUCCUACACCUAUACCCCACAAGACAUGACUCCUUAUGCUGUGGAAUUGUAUGCUAUUGAUUCUUUGAGUGGAGUAUCCAAGGUAUUGUAUGAGCAGGUGUACCAGUGUUAUAACUGUAGUAACCAUGGCAACUGUAACAACUCCUUAGCAACAAGCACCAGUAUCUCAUCGUUCUUCAUUGUACCAUGUACCUGUGAUCUUGGAUGGACAGGUAACUCAUGUGAAACUGAUAUUGAUGGUUGUGCUGGUUCCCCAUGUGAUCCCCUCAGUAACUGUACAGACAAUCCAGCAGUUGAGCACCAGUCAACAGGAAGGGCAUUCAAGUGUGAAAACUGUCCUCAAGGAUACCAGAUAACAGAGUCUUUCAAAUGUUUAGAUGUAGAUGAAUGCUCCAACAAUUCUGUGAAUGGCUGUAUCCAGAUCUGUACAAACACAGAGGGAAGUUACUCCUGCUCAUGUUAUCAAGGAUACAGAUCAGCAGGGACAUCAUGUUUAGACAUUGAUGAGUGUACAGAAGGAACCAGUAACUGCCAACAACUCUGUGUGAAUGCUGUAGGUUAUUACAAUUGUUCCUGUGUUGAUGGCUAUUCUCUCCAGUCAGAUGGAUUCUCCUGUAUUAUACAAAAUCCACAGCAGUCCUGCACCAGUAUGAACUGUAGUCAAGGAUGUUCUGUCAACAACACAGGUUCUCCAUAUUGCUUCUGUUACCAAGGUUACAGUCUGCUGCCAGAUGGACAGAAUUGUACUGAUGUGAAUGAAUGUCAGAAUAGUGGCACAUGUCCCCAAGUGUGUUCAAACACUGACGGCAGUUUUACAUGUAGUUGUUUCGUUGGUUACAAGCUGCAAAAUGACCAAGUUUCUUGCACAGGUUGUGAUUCCCUGCACUGGGGGUACAAUUGCAACAAAUCAUGUGACUGUUCCCAGAAUGCUUUGCGUUGUGACAGUGUAAGAGGGUGUGUUUGUAAGACUGGUUGGACAGGAACCCUGUGUGACACUAACAUCAAUGAAUGUGGGGAUCCAAGUUUGUGUUCAGCUACAGAGGUGUGUGUAGACAACCCAGGAUCCUACAGCUGUCAGUGUGUCAGUGGAUACCAGAGAAAUGCUUCACAAAUCUGUCAAAAUGUGGAUGAGUGUAGCUCAGCCCUCCAUAACUGUACCUCCACAGAGAGCUGUCAGGACAUACCAGGUUCAUUCCUCUGUCCAUGUCAAGUGGGUUACCAGAGAAAUACCUCCUCUGGGGCAUGUGAAGAUAUUGAUGAAUGUGGAGAAGGGAUAGAUUCCUGUAACCAGAAUUGUCACAACACUGUAGGGAGUUAUUAUUGUACCUGUUAUAUUGGAUAUCAGCUACAAGACGACAGGAGAACAUGUGUGAAAUCCAGAAAUCCCUGUCUUGGAGCUAGUGUGGAUGAAACCUGUGACACAACUCAUGGAGGAUGUACCGUCAACUCCUCCAAUGUAGCCUAUUGUUUCUGUGAUCAUGGAUAUGACCUCCAGGUCAAUGCUUCAGGAUACUUACUUUGUACAAAUAUCAAUGAGUGUGUGACCAACAUUUCUGGCUGUUCCCACAUCUGUAAUGAUGUCAGUGGUAGCUUCUAUUGUGAUUGUUCUGAUGGAUACAAACUGACAACUGAUCACAAAACAUGUGAAAGUUGCAGUGUAACCAACACCUGGGGAGCAAAUUGUACCACCCCUUGUAACUGUGGGGUAGGAGCCUCAUCAUGUGAUCCCCUGAUUGGUUGUCAUUGUCUGCCAGGAUGGACAGGAACACAGUGUGAGCUUAACAUCAAUGAAUGUUUGAACAGGCCAUGUAAUGCUACCCAAAUAUGUGUAGAUAUUGAAGGUUCCUAUUUGUGUAAAUGUGAUUCAGGAUUUCAGAGUAACCAAAGUGGUGGCUGUCAAGAUGUUGAUGAAUGCAGUGAUGGCCAGGCUAGUUGUCAUCAACUGUGCACAAAUACAGAAGGAAGCUACAACUGUUCUUGUAGAUCUGGAUUUGAGCUGAAGUCAGAUGGAUUCUCCUGUCAAGAUGUAAAUGAAUGUGCAACUAACAACCACAACUGUAGCCAGGCCUGUAGUAACACAGAGGGGAGUUACUUCUGUUACUGUAAUCAAGGUUAUAACCUGGCUAGUGAUGGCAAGACUUGUGAUCUUAUUAUAACUACAACAAUAAGUGUAAGUACAACCCAGCAAACUGCAGUAGCUACCUCUACAACUCAGCAGUCUACAACUACCACUACAACUCAGCAGCUUACAACAACUACUACAACUCAGCAGCCUGCAACUACUUCGACAACUCAGCUGCCUACAACUACCACUACAACUCAACAGCCUACAACUAUUACUACCACACAGCUGCCUACAACUACCACUACAACACAGCAGCCUGCCACUACAACACAGUUGCCAACAACUACCACUACAACACAGCAGCCUACAACUACCACUACAACUCAGCAGCCUACUACAACUCAGCAGCCUAUAACUUCCACUACAACUCAGCAGCCUACAACUACCACUACAACACAGCAGCCUACAACUACCACUACAACUCAGCAGCCUACUACAACUCAGCAGCCUAUAACUUCCACUACAACUCAGCAGCCUACAACUACCACUACAACUCAGCAGCCUACAACUACUUCAACUCAGCAGCCUACAACUACCACUACAACUCAGCAGCCUACAACUACCACUACAUCUCAGCAGCCUACAACUACCACUACAACACAGCUGCUUACAACUACCACUACAACUCAGCUGCCUACAACUACCACUACAUCUCAGCAGCCUACAACUACCACUACAACUCAGCUGCCUACAACUACCACUACAACUCAGCUGCCUACAACAAGCACUACAACUCAUCAACCCACAACUACCACUACAACUCAGCAGCCUAAAAUUACUUCGACAACUCAUCUGCCUACAACUACCACUACAACUCAGCAACCCACAACUACCAUCACAACUCAGCAGCCUACAACUACUUCAACUCAGCAGCCUACAACUACCACUACAACUCAGCAGCCUAUAACUACCACUACAACUCAGCAGCCUACAACUACCACUACAACACAGCUGCCUACAACUACCACUACAACUCAGCUGCCUACAACUACCUCUACAAAACAGCUGCCUACAACUACCUCUACAACACAUCUGCCUACAACUACCUCUACAACACAGCUGCCUACAACUACCACUACAACUCAGCAGCCUACAACUACUUCAACUCAGCAGCCUACAACUACCACUACAUCUCAGCUGCCUACAACUACCACUACAACACAGCUGCCUACAACUACCACUACAACACAGCUGCCUACAACUACCACUACAACUCAGCAGCCUACAACUACCACAACAACUCAGCUGCUUACAACUGCCACUACAACACAGCUGCCUACAACUACUACAGCUCAGCAGCCUGCAACAACAUCCUUAAUGACUGAAUUGUCAACAACCUCAACAAGAGGGAGUUCUACAACUAUGGCAGUUUUAUUGAGUUCAGCUCUCACUUCAACUACACCAAGGCCAACUUCUACACAGCCAACCGUAGAAACCUUACUGCUACCUUAUGGAUCAGUGCAUGGUGACUAUUUAGCCAGCACAGGAGAUGAUGCUUUACAGGCAGUUGUGUUUAACCCAAUAGGAUUCAUGUGUGGCUGUUCAAUCAGCAGACAGAUAUAUAUUUAUUCCAAUGGGUACAUUUCUAUUGGUAAGAGAUUUGAUGAUGAAAGACCAAUGCUUCUGUCAGAUACGUCAGGAUCCAUUGUUAACAACAAGAUUCUGGCCCCUUUCUGGACAGACAUUGACCUGUCCAGCGACUCCCGUAUCUGGUAUCAGCUCUAUCAGAAGUUUGGAGACCAAGAUGUUACAAAUGUUCUUACAAUGGCUAGGGAUCUAGUUGUCAGCAAUAUAAGGGAUGAAGAAGAAGGGAAUUCAUUUGAUCCCAACUCAGCUCUGAUUAUCACCUGGGAAAAUGUAGUGCCCUCUCCAAGGUCCCUAUAUCCAACAAAGAAUGCCACAUUCCAGUUGGUUGUUGUCAGUGAUGGUGUUGUUACAUACACUUCCUUUUUAUUCCACUCUGUUAACUGGGACACCACAAAGCCAGCAGUGAUGGGGUAUCGGUGUGGAGACACUCUGUCUGAUACCUACAGUCAUCCAGCCUCAUUCUCCAGACAGAUCUACCAAACAGUCAUAUCCCAGGGAUACAACAGGAACAAUGUAAGUGGGAUGUGGAUAUACAGACUAGACACCUGUACUCAGUCAGAAGAGAAUUACCUAGCUCGAUGUUACUUGUGGAUGUCGUCAAACAGUGUGACACAACAGAGCCUGGUGACACAGGCAGACUCCCUCCUCCCCUCUUGUCCCUGUAACACGGUACAGGCAGAUCUGGACUCGGACUUUAUUCAGUCCAGGACUGAGUCCAACUGUUACUUUGUACAGACCUCUCCAGAAAACACCAACUACACUAGGAAAUGCUGUUACUCCUCCCUCGGUUCUCUUCUGUUUUCCUCCCUGGGAGCUGGAUAUGUGUUCUUGUACAAUCCCCUGACUUUCCCUGCUGAGACUGUGGACACUGAUGUAAGCCCCUACAUCUGGUGCUGUAUUAAGGCCAGAAUGUGUGAAGAAUUCUUCAUCCAACGUCCCUCCGACAACUGCAACAAAUACAGCCCAGUUUCCCCAGCUGCAGCCUCCCCAAUGAUAAGUUACUAUCCACUGAGACUAACUGCUACAGUUGGAGAAAUGGUGGACAUCACAACAAUAGCCCAGGUCACAGGAAAUGAUUAUGUGAGCUUGAUUUUGUCUGGAUCAAUCAGUGCCAAUGUUACAGAGAGACAAAUAUCAGCCAUUUUGUAUAGAUGGACUCCAAGGAAUACCUCCCCUAAAAGUAUACAGAUCUAUGCCAUGGAUCAGAAUUCCCUUGUAUCUGCCACUGUGAUCCCUGACAUCAUUCUGUGUCCAGGCUGUAGUGGGCGGGGCACCUGUAAUUUUGACAAUGUCAUCCCACAGGAACAACCCUCCUUCUUUCUUGUAGAGUGUGAAUGUGAAACAGGAUGGACAGGUCCAACAUGUAAUAUGGAUGAGAAUGGUUGCCUUGGUAAUCCGUGUAACACAAGCUCAGACUGCCAGGAUCUGACCCCCUCUGUCCAGAGGUCCCGGGGACUGACUUAUCAGUGUUCUGCCUGUCCUGUGGGCUACACCUUGUCUAGCUCUCUUAAGUGUAUUGAUAUUGAUGAGUGUGCCCUACACACCAGUCAAUGCAGUCAGAGAUGUGUCAACACAGAUGGGUCUUUUGUUUGUGAGUGUGAGACGGGGUUCAGACUACAUGGUUACCAGUGUGUAGAUGUUGAUGAAUGUAGAGAGAGGACAAGUGGUUGUGAGCAUCAGUGUGUAAACACCCAGGGGUCCUACUACUGUGUCUGUUCUACAGGGUAUCAGCUACACACAGACAGACAGACUUGUUUUAAAGCCUCUGUAGAACCUCCUUGCGUUGUUAGACAAUGUCCCCAGGGAUGUAGAAUUAAUAGCACAGGAGAUCCAGAGUGCUUCUGUUACCUUGGUUACAGAAUGAAGGCAGACUCAUCUUGUGAAGAAAUUGAUGAGUGUCUUGAUGCACCUUGCCCACACAGCUGCCAGAACACUAAUGGGAGUGUGGAGUGUGGAUGUUAUGAUGGAUAUACUAUUCAGUCAGACCACAGAUCAUGCAAGGCCUGUGACCUUGAUCACUGGGGACAGAACUGUGAGAUGUCAUGUGACUGUACCCAUCAUGCCUUGUACUGUAACAAUGUGAUUGGCUGUGUGUGUAAGCCUGGCUGGUCUGGGAGGUUCUGUGACAUUAACAUCAAUGAGUGUGAGGAUGUCAGCCUGUGUCAGUCCCCUGAAGUCUGUACAGACACCUAUGGAUCAUAUGCCUGUAUUUGUGAAAAUGGCUACCAGAGGAAUACCAGUACAGGACUUUGUGAAUAUUCCAGUGCUUGCAAUACCUGGGCUCUGAAUGCCUGUACAGUAGAUGAAGUUUGUGUAGACACUACAGACAAUUAUACCUGUCUGUGUGACAAAGGGUAUAUAAGGGUUAAUGGCACUUGUCAAGAUUUGGAUGAAUGCUCCGAUAUGUUACACAAUUGUCAACAUGAUUGUGUAAAUACAAUUGGAAGCUACAGAUGUACAUGUAAAACUGGAUACAACUUACAGAUCAGUGGAAGAGAGUGUCUUUCUGAGGUGUCUAACCCCUGUAGAAGUAGUAACAAGGGGAACUUCUGUGACCAUACCUAUGGGGGGUGUACUGUGGAUGGAGGAGGAAAUCCUGUAUGUUUCUGUAGGGCUGGUUACUCUCCUAUACAAAAGGAUAAUUUCACUCUCUGUAAUGACCUUCAGGAAUGUUGGAUGGGUAUAUCUGGCUGCUCUCACAGUUGUUCGAAUACCUGGGGUGGAUUUAUCUGUGAGUGUCCCAAAGGAUUCACACUGGACACUGAUAGGAAGACUUGUAUCAGUUGUGCUGAUAUGGGAAAAUGGGGAGAUAACUGCACAAAUUCCUGUGGAUGUGGACGUGGUGCCUUAAGAUGUGACCCUGUGACUGGUUGUGUGUGUAAACAGGGCUGGACUGGUCUCCACUGCUCACGACAUGUUGAUGACUGUAGUAACACCUCAUGUGGUACUCAUCAGAAAUGUGUUCAUGUCAACUUCACUCGUCUGUGUGUCUGUGAAGACGGUUUCCAAAGAGACUCCAACAAUCUGUGUCAAGAUAUUGAUGAGUGUUCUACUAACCAACACCUUUGCACACAGAGAUGUUUUAACACAAAAGGAAGCUACAGGUGCUCCUGUACUGAUGGGUUCCAACUCGGAUCAGACAACAGCACUUGUGAAGAUGUUGAUGAGUGUACACUAGAGACAUCAGACUGUCAACAACAGUGUCUUAACACAAUAGGAGGGUACUACUGCUUCUGUUUUGAUGGAUUCUAUCUGACUGGUUCCAAUCAGUGUAUUAAAGAUUUGUCUACCUCCCCCUGUGUUGCCAUGGGUGAUUCCUGUCAAUAUGGAUGUAGAGUGGAGGGAGGACUAGCUUUCUGUUUCUGUCCAAACGGCUAUACACUGAACACUGACAGGACAACUUGUUCAUAUGUUAAUUCAACAGUAAAUGUACAGAUGAAGACAAAUAUCUAUUUCCAAUUUGACUACAAUAACCCUUCUUCACUGAUCUACAAAAAUCUUAAGGAGGACAUGGAAACUGAGGGAUAG